UUUAAACAGGGUUUUCGUCCAUAUCUUGGAAUGCCUCGUGAGAGAACAGCUCUGCCACUUGACAUGGCACAAGAACCCGUUUAUGUGAAUGCGAAGCAGUACGAGGGAAUUCUUAGACGAAGAAAAGCACGUGCCAAGGCCGAGCUAGAAAGGAAAGUGAUCAGGGACAGAAAGCCAUAUCUUCAUGAGUCAAGACACAAGCAUGCAAUGAGAAGGGCACGAGCUAGUGGAGGCCGUUUUGCGAAGAAAAGUGAAGUAGAAGCAGCAGAUGAUGCAGCAGGAGGAAGAGGCAGAGGAAGAGAAAGGGGUUCAGCAACCAACUCGUCAAGUUCUGAACAAGUUGAGACAGACUCUAAUGAGACCAUGAAUUCAUCAGGUGCACCAUAAUAAUAACAAAGCCGAAGCUCUGAAAGGGAAAAGAGAGACACUUUGGCUUAGAUAUCCAUUGCCCUCCAAACCGGCAAAUCAUUCUUGGCUUUUUGGUUUUUUGUGUUUGCUAGUUGGUCUUGUCAAGAGUCCCAUAUCGUGUGGUGUUUUGCAGUUAUGAAUGUACAAAGAAGCGAGUUAUGUUAGGUGUUAGAUGGAGACAAGAGACGGGGAUUAGUAAGUAGGUCUUGUUUUUUAUUCUUUUCCUUCUUUAUUUUCUUUCCUUUUGCAAAAAUUGAAAGAAUACGUUUGUUUAAUCAUUUGCCAUUCUGACCACAAAAGUGUUAAUCAGGCUACUCAGCCUUAACAAUGCUUCAA